AUGUGGCCCUUCGAAACAUCUUACCCUCAACGCAAAGCACAUGAGCUUGACGGCGUCGAGUAUGACUACAUCAUCGUUGGCGGCGGCACGGCUGGAUGCGCUGUGGCCUCGCGACUUAGCGAGGACCCAGAUGUAAGCGUCCUGCUGCUGGAGAAAGGCGCAGUUGGUGAUCACUGGCUGUCACGAGUCCCUUUGCUCUCUGGCAGCCUAGGAAGAUUCUUCCAAGUGGUGCAUCGCUUGUCUGAGCCAAUUGAUGGGUGUAAUGGCAGGCAGACAGAUCUGUGGACUGGUGAGGCGUUAGGGGGUGCGUCGCGGGUCAAUCAGAUGUUGUACACGAGGGGCAUCCCAGGCAUGUACAAUGAAUGGGCUGAGAUGGGCCACGAGGACUGGAGCUGGGCAAAUGUCGAGCCCUUCUUCAAGCGGAUCGAGAACUGUGUCAGCCACCCCAACGCACAGCACCUGGGCCAUGAUGGACCAGUCCACAUCAUACAGCAUCUACCUCAGUUUGAGCUUCAUAACCAUAUCGACAAGUCGGCCGCAGCCUUGGGAUUGCCUAUCGAAUGGGACGUUAACAAUCCGCAUGGACCCGCUGCCGGCUACUACUACACGGACUAUACCAUCGACCAGAAUGGACAUCGACAUAGUUCGUAUCGCGCUUACCUUCCGAGCUCUGUCGCAACUGCGCGACAAAAUCGACUGACGGUGUGCACUGGUGUCAUCGCCUCACGACUCGAGCUUGACGUUGGACGUGGGCUUGCCACUGGUGUACAUAUCAGACCAGUGAGAUCACAUGAUGGACCGACCUACUUCGUGAAGGCUAAGAAAGAGGUCAUCGUAUGCAGCGGUGCGCUUGGCUCGCCUCAGCUGUUAAUGUUAAGCGGCAUUGGCCCAGCCCAGCAACUGAAGUCCUACAAUGUCACAGUCAACAAGGAGCUGCCUGGGGUGGGCGCCAACCUCAGCGACCACCACGGCCUCCCAGUUAUGAUGAAAGUGCCCGGUAGAGAAAGCUACCACUACAUGCAAAUAAGUUGGCUUUGGGCUAUCUGGCAGGUCAUCUUGUUCCUUUGGAACGGCACGGGCUUGCUUAAAACUGGGACUACGUCUAGCACCAUAUAUGUCAACACAUCCCAGCUUGAUUCCACCACUUUUACGCUCAAGCCCGGACCUGCAGACCGACCAUUUGAUAGUUCAGUGUCUGAGAACGUGCCAGACCUGGAGAUAAUGAUCAUUCCAGCUGGCGCGAUUGUAGGCAAGUUCUCUGGGAUGGCCCUAGUUACUCUCUACGCAUGUCUGGUUCAGCCAAAGACAACCGGGUUUAUUGAGUUGGCAUCAACAGAUCCUGAGGCAGACCCUCGAGUCCACUAUCGGAUGAUGGAGGAUCCACGAGAUAUCAUGACUGCCCGAAAGGCCCUACGGUUUACACUGAACCUGGCGGACCAAUUCAUGCAAUCGUCAGGCUACCGUCAUGCCGUUGAGCUGGUUCAUGCCCCCAACUUAAACUCGUCACGCAAGUGGGAUGAGCUGAGUGACGAAGAUCUCGAUGGUUUCGUCAGAGCCUCCGCUCAGUCUGUUGUGCAUCUCUCGAGCACAUGUCGAAUGGCUCGAGAGGAGGAUGGGGGUGUCGUGGAUGACCAGUUGACGGUCUAUGGCUUUAAGAAUCUGAGAAUUGCUGAUGCCAGCGUAUUCCCCACGAUUCCAGCUGCCCAUACCAUGGCCCCUGUUUACAUGGUUGCGGAGCGCUGUGCGCAGUUCAUCAAGGAUGCACGGAAUAGGAAAUGUUGA